UAUCCGGUACGCAUGCGCGAACUGCUCUUGCAUUCUGGUUGAGUAAAAAUCAACAGAGCAGUGUGGUCUUUAAAUCAGUAUCUAUUCGUCUGCGGUGUGACAAACUAAAUUGUAUUUAUUGUUCGUGUCAGGACGAACUCGAUUUAGUGAACUUGGAAGCUUCUGAGGCUAAUUUAGCCUGCUAGUUAGCUUAGCUUGCUAGCUGCUAACCGAGAGACUUACGUGAUCAAAACAUCGCUUAAUAGACACAAGUGUGAGUGUAAAGUGUUGCGAUGAUGCGAAAAUGUGUCCAAUACAAAUGCUGAGAGUGUUGGUGAAUCAGCGACUAACUACGAAAGUGGAGGAAAUAUUUCUAGUGUUAGAAAGAUAACACGACGAAGAACUUUCUCGAACAAAAAAAAAAAGAGGAGAACAAGCGACAACGUCAACUACUGGACGCUGUUUUCAAGAAGCAUCAAGUUGUGUUACACAGAACAGAAAUCUGUGAAGAACAUCUCCCUGAGGAGUAGGAGUGGACCUCCAGGAUGGAGCAGGAGAUACCACAGCAACAUCUCACCAACAUUAAAAAGGAAGAUGAAGCGCUUCAGCCCCCACACAUUAAAGAGGAAGAGAAGGAACACAGCAUCAGUCAGAAUGUAGAUCAUCCUAAAGGACAAGAGGAGGUUGAUGUCCCCAAGAUGUCAUUGACUGUUGUCAUUGUGAAGAGUGAAGAUGAUGAGGUCAAAAGUGAAAGUGAGGAGAAGAGAGAGGUGGAGCCUCCAAGCAGCAGCUCAACUCAACACAUGACAACAGAAGCUAAUGGAGACCACUGUGGAGGAUCACAAGCAGACAAGCUCCUAGCUCCACUAUCAGAUAGUGAUGACACGACGUCACACUCUCCUGACACUGAUGAUGAAGACUUUGAAGCUGAUACGACAUGUCACACUGACAACACACACUUUAAAUGUUCUCACUGCAGCAAAACUUUUUAUCACCACCAUAAAAUGAAAAUACACAUGAGGAUACACACAGGUAAAAAACAUUUUUCCUGUAAAAUCUGUGGUAAAGGCUUUACACAAAGUCAUAAUUUGAGAAUACACAUGAGAACACACACUGGUGAAAAACCGUUUAUAUGUUCAAUCUGUGCUAAAGGUUUUACACAAAAUAAUAAUUUGAAAGCACACAUGACAACACACACUGGUGAAAAAAAUUUCACCUGUUCAAUCUGUACUAAAGGUUUUACCCAAAAUAUUCAUUUGAAAGCACACAUGACUACACACACUGGUGAAAAACCGUUUAUGUGUUCAAUCUGUGCUAAAGGUUUUACACAAAAUAAUAAUUUGAAAGCACACAUGACAACACACACUGGUGAAAAAAAUUUCACCUGUUCAAUCUGUACUAAAGGUUUUACCCAAAAUAUUCAUUUGAAAGCACACAUGACAACACACACUGGCGUAAAACCCUUUAUCUGUUCAAUUUGUGCCAAAGCUUUUACACAAAAUAGUAAUUUGAAAACACACAUGGCAACACACACUGAUGAAAAACCUUUUAUCUGUUUAAUCUGUAGUAAAGGUUUUACACGAAAUAUUUAUUUAAAAACACACAUGGCAAUACACACUGGAGAAAAAACAUUUAUCUGUUCAAUCUGCGGUAAAGGUUUUACACAAAAUGGUGAUUUGAAAGCACACAUGACAACACACACAGGUAAAAAACGGUUUUCCUGUUCAAUCUGUGCUGAAGGUUUUGUACGUAAAGAUCUGUUGAAAAAACACAUGAGAAAACACACUGGUGAGGAAGUGUGAGUUUCAGUGUGUGUGAUGAAAGAUCCUCUUAAAAGUGACACGGCAAAUUAAGCUGCAGGAUUUUAAAUAAAUUGUCAAAAUCUUAACUUUGACUUUCUAACAUAACCACAUAUGUGACAUCAUCAUGUGCGUAUCACAAUCUUGUAAAUAUAAUUCAUAGAUUAAAUAUGUUAGAUUAGAAGAUGUAUGUAUGUUUUCGUAUCUGCAGUAGUAUACAACAUUGUAUUCAUUUAUUUUCAUAACACAAUUACUUUGAAAAGGUUUACAUUGACUGUAACAUUAGCUUAUUCUGUCUACCCAUAUAUUAUUUUUGUAUUAGUUUUAAAAAUACAAACAUAACAUUACAUUUGUUACAUAAAAUAAACAUUGUAUGCAAGUACAGACAAUAUAAUACAAAUUAUGUUUUGAUCUUAUUCACAAUAGUUUCAAAUGUAUGAAGUGUGUUGGAUAUUUUAAUUUCAAUUACUAAAACAAUCCACAGAUGAACUCCUUUAUAUGAUGUACAUAUUUUUAUUGGGUGUUUUUUUAAUACCUUUGAUUUUGGCUACACAUACAUCCCUCCUAGUUCAUAUAUAUUGGUUCACAUCUGAAACAUCUUCUGGACCGUUUCUGAAAGCAUGUUAUGUACUUUAUACAUAUUUUGUGCAGUUUUGUAUUCGACAAGAUAAUUUACAUUUGACAUCAUUUGUUGAGUCUGGAUAAUCCAUUAUUUUAAUUAUCCUUACAGCUCUCUUUUGUAAUAUGGAUAUUGGUUUUGUAAAUGAUAUCUAUGUCUCCAUAUGCAAUAAGAAAUGUAUGCUUCAACUAAAGUUGUGUACAAUAAAUGUGAAUAUGUGUUGA